ACUAGAAGGCCCGCUGGUUGGAGCAAACAAGCGUUCUUCGCUCUGUUUUCCAAAGGCUUGCUGCCACAGUAACCAACUUCAAUUGUUGUGCCCCCCACAGACUCCAAGUCUUUAUGCUGUACUUUCAAGUCACAGCGUCAUUCGACCACAGCUUCCCCAAGGUUUCUUGGGUGAUCAUUUGAUUCCUCUGUUUCCCACUCCACCCCCUUCCCCCAGUGAUUUGGUGGCAUCAUGACAGCUCAAGCCAGACCCUUCUUAAUUCUCUGCCUUAUGAAUUUUCUUCUUCUACCACAAGAUGCCCAAGACCCAGAAAUGGUCCAAUACAUCUUCCGACGUUUUCUGAUCUUAGAGCAAGGGCUGGAAAAAUGUCGCCAAGAUACCAGGGCAUACAUUCAAGAAUUCCAGGAAUUCUCUAAGAAGGUCUCUGCGGACCUGGAGAGAUGCCAUCUUUAUAAGACUGAAUAUAAGAGUCAAGUGGAUCACUUGGGGGGAAGAGUGGAAAGAGCCCAACGUGAGAUUGACUACCUAGAAUACAUUAGGACAUCUGAGACAUGUAUAGAAGAGGAUAAGAUGGUGAUGGAGAAGCAGAUUAAAGACUCUGAAGAAGAGCAAAAGGUCAGGACUCUCCUUAACACAAGCUGUGACAACCUGUUGACAGGCAUAAAGUCAAUGAAGAUUGUGAAGACGACCAAGGAUACACAUGGCUGUUGGAUGAAAGAUAUAAACAAUAAUUCCACCAAGAUUUAUUUCUUAAGUGGCUCCAGAAACAACACCAUAUGGGAAUUUGCCAAUAUGAAGGCAUUUAUGGAAGGCAAGCCCACACCCCGGAAGUUUGUCCUGACACUGUCCUGGCAAGGGACUGGGCAGGUGAUCUAUCAGGGCUUCUUAUUCUUCCACAACCAUGGCACCCCCAAUGAGAUCAUCAAAUACAACCUCCAGAAGAGAAGUGUGGAGGAUCGGAUGCUACUCCCAGGGAGCCAUGGCAUACCAACCUAUCAGCAUACCCCCUGGACUCACAUCGACCUCGCUGUGGAUGAGCAUGGACUCUGGGCCAUUCACAAGGAGUUAGACCACCUGAUCAUCACGAAAAUAGAUCCUGAAACAAUGGCCGUGGAGCACACUUGGACAUCAUUCUGCAGCAGCAGAGAUGCUGAGGCAGCCUUUCUCCUGUGUGGAGUUCUCUAUGUGGUAUACAGUAGAGGCCGCCAAAGCUUCCACAUCAUCAACUGUGUCUAUGAUAUCCGGGGAACCGUCAACAAGCAGGACAUCCCUACCUUGGUCUUCCCCACGCGGCAGAGGGUCCACUCUAUGAUCCACUACAAUCCCCAGGAGAAGCAGCUCUAUUCUUGGAAUGAUGGAAGCCAAGUCAUCUAUAAGCUCCAGACCAAAAGAAAGCAGGCAAGGCCUUAGGAAAGGUAGCAAAUGGUGCAAACCAGUUCUGAGGGACAUUGUCUAUGGAAGAGUUUUUAAAUGAUGCUCUAGGCCACAGGGAGCUCUUGCUCUGAAUGAGAAAGUAGUUAACAGAUAUCUCUUCCCUCUAAUAUUAUUUAGAUAUAUAGUCUGGAAGUGAGACAGCAUAUAUAAGACAUCUUUUUUUUUAAUUGGACCUAUGAUUUCGUUGAAACUCCCAAUGAGGAAACCCUCUCCACCAAUGCUGAUGCAACAACUCUACCACUUAUAUAGGCUUAGAGAACCAUCUAGGGCACUAAGAGAGUCCCUUGACUACUAUGUUUCAGAGCCUAGACAUGACUCCAGGGAUUCUUAACUCUGAGGCUGCCUCUCCACCCUCUAUAACACCCUGCCUUGCUUUUGGCCUCCCGUAGCAUCAUGUAAUAGAUAGAAAAGUAGCUUCACAGUCAAGAGGAUGUGGGUUCAAGUCCAGCUUCUGACACAUUUCAACUGUGUGACCUUGGGCAACUCACAAGUUCCCAGUGCCCCCAGACCUAACUCUAAGUCUAUAUAUGAGUUGUGGGGCAGCUGCCAGAGUGCAUUGAUAGAGAGAUCUUACUCGCUAGGAGUCCCCUAAACCAACGAAAUCACAGCUGCAAUUCUCUAUCCAUCCUGUUUCCCCCCAAAAAAACUAAUCUCUGAUUAAUAAUCAUGAUCAUUUCUUACUCAGAAAUCUUCUGUGGCUACCCAUUGCCUCCUGAAUUAUCAUCAUUACUAUUAUUGACAGUAAUUACAAGUGACAUUUAAAGUUUGCAAAGUGCUUCACCAACAUUAACUCAUUUGAUCUUUACAAUGACCAUUAUCCCCAUUUUAGAGAUGAGGAAAUUAGACAGUGAAGUCAAGUGACUUGCCCCAAGGUCAUCUAGCUGACAAAUGGGCCAGAUUAGAACCCAUAUCUUCUGAUUCCAGACCCAGAGCUGUUUCCAUUAUGUCCUAGCUACCUCCUAGUUAAGUCCAGACUCUUUAAGAUGGCAUUCAAGACUCUUUGUAAGGCCCCAAACUACUAUUAUUCCACAACCAUCCUCUCAAACAGGACUAUGUUUCCUAGAUACAUCUCAUGCUUACAGGAUGUGCAAAUUUAAAGAAUGCACCCCAAAAGUUUACAUGGACUAUUUGUGCCCAACCUGUGGUAGAACAUUCCAAGCUCAUAUUGGUCUGAUCAGCCACAGUCAGACACACUGUGACUUGACUCCAACAUAGUGAUGUCAUUUUGGUCCUCUUUGAGAACAAAGGAUGACAAACAACAGGAUCGUAAAUCUAGAGAUAAAAAGAACCUUCAAAAUCAUCUCAUCCAACUCCUCCAUUUUUACGUAUGGGGAAUCUGAGGCUCAGAAGAAAGGAUUUGCCCAAAUUCAUAUAGCUGGUCAAUAGCAAAGCUAGGAUUUGAACCCAGAACUGCUGAUGCCCAAAUACAUCAUCCUUUCUACUAUAUAUCCCUCUUUCAGAUUUCCAUACCUUACCUCCUGCCAUUCCUUCUGCCCAAUAUACCAUUUCACUUUUGCUCUACUCUUCAGAACCCAGCUCAAAUGCAACCUUCUCCAUGAAUCCAUACCAAAGGUUUUUUUUUUUAGUCAUUCCCUAAUCAAUGGAAACACACUUUGUUUUCAGUUUUCUGUUACUACAGAGUGAUGUGUGUAUGUAUAUUUUGUAUGUAGGUGUGUACAUGUAUUUACAUACAUACACACACACCCCUUUGCUUCUGUCUUUAAUUUCCUUGAAGUUAUAUAUGCAGUAGUGGGAUCACUGGGUCAAAGGACAUGGACAGUUUAGUUGCCUUCCUUGUAUAACUACACAUUGAAAUACUACUUUCACAGCUCCACCGAUUGUACAUCAGCAUGCCUGUCUUUCGCAACCCCUCCGACAGGGGGUGUCCCCAUCUUUCUUCACCAAUUUGCCUGGUAUAAUGGUAAAUCUCAGAACUGUGUUUCAUCUGCAUUUCUCUAUAGAUAAUUUAGAGCAUGUCUUGUAAUUCCUCUACAGAGAAUAGCUUGAUCGCUUAUCUCUCAAGGAACUACCAUAAUAUUCCGCUUGUACCUCUCUUACAGCCCUUAUUACAUUCUACCUUGCACUUUAGUUAUUUGUAUUCAUGAGCUCCUUCAGGGCAGAAACCAUGUUUUCCACUCAAUUCAAUAAAGUUCUAUUAAGCA